UGGCGUCGACAUCAGUUCGGCAGUAUCCUCGCGCACGCCGAACAGUUUGCCCCUCCGUCGUCACCGCCCCUUUUGUCGUAGUCGCGUACACACGCGGACGGUAAUAUACGCCGGUUGACUGGUACAGAUUUGAGUUAACACAAUUUUUUUUUGUGUCCAUUCGUAAUCAUUUUUUUUUUUAAGUGUCGGAUUUCGUCGGUUUUCUGCGACCGUAACAUAUUAUUACCGGUUGGUAAUAAUAUGUAAUAAGUAUAACUUCACCGGUCAUAGUCGGCAAGAUGCCGAAUAUGUGCGGGUAGCAUGGAAUCCUAGAUAGAAAAGCGAUUUUUAAUUGUGGAAGUGAUUAUUUAAAUUCUAUCGAAAUCAAAGUGAUUCCCUUUGAUCGUUUGGAAAUGCAAAUGUUGUCCGUCAAGUUCUCCUGUCAUGCCGUUUUCCGGUUAAUGUUAUUCGUUCUCACGGCGUUCAUUUGUUCCGUCGAUAAAUCAGGGUGUUCUUAUCAAGGCAACGGAGAUAGUAAAAACAGUAAUGGAGUAAGCGGUGGCAGGAAUGUAAAUGUGGUGAAACUGGACGUUGACCAAUCUAUUGGUCCACAAUUUGACUCAGAAACACCUAGAAACGUAACAGCUCUAGAAGGAAAAUCCGCAUAUUUGACAUGCAAAGUCAACCACCUUGAUAACAAAACGGUAUCAUGGAUUAGACAUAGAGACAUUCAUAUACUAACGGUAGGUGCAUACACAUAUACCAGUGAUCAAAGGUUUCAAGCCAUCCACCAUAGAUCACAUUCUGACCAGUGGACACUUCACAUCAAAUGGGCUCAAAAAAGAGAUGCUGGUAUUUAUGAAUGUCAAGUGAGCACUCAACCAGUGCGCAGUAUUUUUGUCACACUUAAUGUUGUUGAUUCGGUACCACCUUUCCAUAGUCAUGAAGAUUUAUUAGACAUGAUGAUAGGAGACGGAGACGCUACAAAAGUUCCAUCAGCAUCUAUAUCUGGAGGUCCUGACAUUCAUGUAAAUGAAGGAAGCACCAUAAAUCUAACUUGUGUUGUCAAAUUCAGCCCAGAGCCACCAGCUUCCAUUUUUUGGUACCAUUAUGAUGAGGUAAUUAGUUACGAUUCCACUCGAGGAGGUGUAAGUGUUGUCACAGAAAAAGGAGAUAUGACGGUAAGCUAUCUGCUCAUACAAGAUGCCGUGCAAUCCGAUUCUGGAAAAUACUCGUGCAUACCGUCCAAUGCUGAUGUUUCAAGUGUAGUCGUUCAUGUACUAAAUGGCGAGAGUCCAGCUGCUAUGCAGACCGGGUCAGCCGGAUUAUCCAACAGUUCCAUCACCAUUUUAUGUGUUAUGAUCUUGAGCUGGACGUUUACCCGAACCGAUGUUCAACUUAGAUAAUAACGUUAUAAAAAAAAUCGAGUUCCUAAAGUUUUUAUACGAAAUUUGUAAAAUCAUAUGUAUCAUUUUUCAAGAUUGUUAAUGUUAAUACACAAUAAAGUUAUUUUAAUCACAAAAAAAUUUAUUUAGAAACUGUAAUCGAUAUUCAAUUGCCAUAAUUGAACCAUGACGAUCUACCAAUAUUGGAAUAAAAUGUACAUAAUGUUAUUAUUUUGUUAAGUUGAAAUAAAAAAUUCAAGUUACCUGCGGUCAGGCGCGAGCUCAUUAACACUGUUUUUACUGAUUUAGUUAUAUACAAAGAAAGUAUACCAAUAUUUUAUUUGUUACAUUAUGUCAAGAAUAGACACAUUAAAGACCGUAGACACGCUAAAAGUUGAACGCAAUUACACAGACGAUUAUCACUAAGUGCUAAUUUUAUAAACGUUCAACAAACAAGUACACAGUUUUUUUAUAGCACUAAUGAAAUAUUUUUUUAGCCAACUCCUAUUUAAUUUUAAUGGUUCAACGAGCAUAUUUUAUAAUUGCCGUUUAGAAAAAAGCAUCUUCUUUAAGUUUACUCAAUCCUUUUUUUCUGAAUGCACAUAUGAUUUCAUACAAGAUAUUAAAUCUUGUAUGAAAUUAUCAUUAAGAUAAUAUUAAAACCACAUAUCUCAUGUUUAAUGUUUAUUUUGAUUUUGAUUUAUAAUAUAGAUUUUUUUGACAUUCGUCCAUAAAAACCCCUUUAUACUUUCUGAGAAAAAAUGAUUUUGAAAAAAAUUAAUUCGUUUAGCAAAAAUCGAAAUCUGUUUAUACGUAAUUUUUAAUAAUAUUUAUAAAUUUAUAAAAUUGAAUCCGAUAAUGAAAUUUAAUAACUAUUUUAUUCUUAUUAAAAAUUAAAAUUAGCAUUAAUAAUUUGAAAUAAGAAUAAAUAUAUAUACAGGUGUCUCAGACCUAAUUGACAACGCUUAUAACUUUUGAAACAUGUAUUUUUUAUAACUAUUGGGUUCUUAGACUACGUCAACAUCAUAUGAGCUUUUCUUAUAAAAAAUUUUAAUAGAUCAAUUAAUUUUAGAACGAAUAUUUAUUGAUUUUCAUUAAAAAUAUGCUGGUGAUAUUUAUAAUGCAUUGUAUGAACUGUUCACACCCGUGCAACGUACCCACUCAAUGUAUCAAAAUGUUUUUACUCAAUACUCGUCCUAAAUAGUUAUUGACGCAUUAAAAUGUUUUAUAAAAACGGCUAUUUUAAAAUUUUAAAAAAAUAUUAUCUUAACAUAGUUUAAAAAAACAAAUUAUUUUUAAAAGAGUAACGCAAAAUAUUUAGUAGAUAAAAAUUAUUAGAUUUGUCAAACCUUCUUAGGUUACACUGUAUAUUUUAAUCUGUAAUAAGAAAUAAAAAAAUACCCAGUAAAAUAAAAUAAAAAAUGGGAACUUUUUUAUUUUAAAGAUUCUAAAAUUUUAUUUGAAUCUCUGCCGUAAUACAUAUUUUUAAUUAUAUUAAAAUCGUUAAGUUAAUCUUUUUUUGUAUUUUUUAAUUACUCGUUAUUUUUGGCUGUCUGUAAGUCAUUAUUUUUAAAUAGUUGCUCUUUAAAAAAAUUUAUUAAGAGUUAUUACCAACUCAGUAAUAUUAAAUAGCCUGUUUAUAUUCUAAAAUUUUUAAAAAGUAUUGUUUUUAUUGUAAAAUGGAUGCCUUUUUUAUAAACUCUAUCAAUUAAUCAUUGUAAAUUUAGAGUAAAUUAUAUAAACUUUCAAUGUCCUAUAU